UUUUCAUUUUUCUUGUUUCUUGUUAGAAUUAUUGUGUAUUGGACGCGGAUUAAGAUGGAAGGCUCAGCUCAGCCAUGUCUGGUACUCAAGUUAUUAUCCAACAAGGUUGGAAGCUUACUGUGUUUUUGGAAUGCACCGAAAAAGUACAGGAGAUUGGAUACUAAACUUGAAACUAAAAUGGUGGAGCUUAAGAGAAGUUCAUCAGGGCAAAGCAAAUUCAGGUCAAUCAAUAGCAUAAUCUUGAAAUUUCCUCAUUUUAAAGAGGGGUUGAAGGAGAUUAAAGGCGUCUUUGAACAGUUCGAUGAAGAUUCGAAUGGGACUAUUGACCGGGAUGAACUAAAGAAAUGUGUAAAGAAGCUGCAUUUUCAUGUUAAAGAUGAGGAAGUUAAUGAUCUUUUCGACUCCUGUGAUGUGGAUGAAAAGGAAGGGAUUCAAUUCAAUGAGUUCAUUGUUCUUCUGUGUCUUCUUUAUCUAUUAAUAGAUUCAUCGUCCUCCUCUGAAAAUACCUCGAAGAUCGGUUCACCAGAGCUAGAAGCAACAUUCAACACAAUAGUUGAGGCAUUCUUGUUUCUUGACAAAAAUGGUGACGGGAAACUGCACAAGAAAGAUGUCCUCAAGGCAUUAAACGAUGAAUGUCCUUGCGAGAAAUCCCCUUCUCAUGUCACUCGUACUCGAUUUAGAGAAAUGGACUGGAACAGGAGUGGCAAGGUCAGUUUCAGGCAGUUUCUUUUCGCGUUUCUUGAUUGGGUUGGUAUAGACACAGACGAUGAGAAUCACACGACUAAAAGGGAGACUAAGUGCAGCAACAACACCUCAACCAAACUAGUGGAUUCGGCUGUAUGAAUCCUCACUAACCAUGUCACUCCGUUAAAUGAAGUAAGGUCAGACUAGUAUUUGUACAUAUAAAGUAGCUCUCUGCUCUGUAUAAACUUUCAUAUUUAAGGUAUAUUCUGCUAUUGUAUCGAAAAAAACUCAUCAAUUUCAUAAAAAUCUGCAUAUCUGAUGCUUCCAUUACCACGAUGCUAUCAAAGCCGUCCACACUAAA